AUGAUGGAGGAGCGCCACUCGCACGGGUCGAAUGACGACAUUCAAAACACCGGCGAUGUCGACAACUUCCGCCGCAACCAGGGCACGAUCCUCUUCGUUGGCAACCUUCCGUUCCAGACCCCGUGGCAACACGUGAAGGACUACUUCCGUAACGCCGGCAAGGUGCGCUAUACCGACCUCAUCGCCGAUCGCACCGGCCGCCCGAAGGGCUCAGCGCUGGUCACCAUGAUGACCGUGGAGGGUGCUGACAACGCCAUUCGCAUGUUUAACGAGACUGAUUUCGAGGGUCGCCGGCUGAUCGUGCGCAAGUUCGACGAUGGCCCGCGCCCCCCGCUGGUGCAGCGGGACAUGAUGCCUGCCUACGGCAAUGCUGCUCCUCAGAGCCGCAGCCAGUACACGGCUGGUGGCUACUACCAGGGCACUUCGGCUUCUGGUGCUGCUGCUGCUGGAUACAACCGCCACAGCAUGACGGGUAGCGCCUACGGCCGUGGUGCACCGUAUCACGUCGGUGGUGCGGAGGCGGCCGAGAUGAACGGUGCGGAGCCGCUGCCUAAGCCGCGCAGCCAGCAGGUGCCGGAGGUGGGCCGCAAGCUGUUCGUCUCGAACCUCCCCUUCGACUGCACGAACAGUGCUCUCCGUGAGACGUUUCAGCAGGUGGGUCUGGUCGAGCGGGCUGAGAUCAUCCUGGGCCGCAAUGGCAAGAGCCGCGGCAUGGGCAUCGUCGUCAUGAAGUCCGAGGAUGAGGCUCAGAUCGCGAUUGCUGAGUUUGACGGCAUCGAGAUGGCGAACCGCGCUAUGAACGUGCGCCUCGACAACAAGACGUUGUAG